AUACACUCUUUGCUGCAUUUCUAUCGUUAUUAUCAUACGAACAUUGAACAAUACAUCGAUGUACGGCAACGCCAUUUUCCAGUAGAAAAUUGGUGACUAAAGGUAUGUAGCCAGGCUAUACAUAGGAACACCCCAGGUAAAUAUAUCUGAACUGACGCGUUACUCAUUGAAUCCUUUAAUAUAUAGACGAAAGGACAUGAAUCACGGAAGCGUGACUUGGAGUACACAGAGACAUACAGUAUAUACGUCUCUGGAGGACAGAAGAACAUUGAGCAGACGAUAUGUGUUAACGAGAAUUGGAGGAAGGAUACAGCUGCUGAUGACAACACGAUGAGUCCUACGUGAUGCUGACCUGUCCGACAUGCCGACCAUGGCUGGGGAUAGAGUUUCCAGACUGUUUAUGCUGGUGUGUUGCUGUUUCUGCAUUACCACGAUAUUGAUGACGUAUAACACUUUUUUCAUUGAAGAGGAGAUUGUAGAAAAUGAAGAAGAAGAGGAUUUGUAUGAGGACAUUCAAAACAGGAAUUUCCGGGAUAAGGACCGGCCUGUCAACAUGGGCUCCCAUAGUCAUGAAGACGAUGACAGAACCAAGGCCAAUGAAAUGUAUAACAGAGUUCGCGUGCUGUGCUGGAUAAUGACGUCACCGUCUAAUCUGGACAGAAAGGGUCUGGCCGUCAGAACAACCUGGGCUAAACGCUGCAAUAAGUACAUAUUCUUCAGUAGUGUGACGAACGACAGUUUCCCCACUGUCGGACUCAAUGUUUCCGAGGGUCGCCAGCACCUCACAGGUAAAACGGUACAAGCGUUUACUUACUGCUACGAAAACUACGGCAAUUCCUUCGAUUGGUUCCUCAAGGCGGAUGACGAUACCUACGUCAUUGUAGAGAACUUGCGCUACUUCCUAUCACAUCACAAUCCGCAGAAUUUGGUAUAUUUCGGUCACCGGUUCAAGGCCAUAGUGAAACAGGGAUAUUUCAGUGGGGGUGCUGGUUAUGUUCUCAGCCAGCAGGCAUUAAAGAAAUUUGUGCAAGUAGGUCUCCGUAAUCCGCUACUGUGUCGUCGUGACGGUGGUGCAGAGGACGCAGAGAUAGGCAAGUGUAUGCAAAGACUAGAAAUCAAAGUCGGGGACUCUCUGGACAUAAAUGGCCGAGAAUCGUUCCACCCCUUCACUCCCAUUGCCCACCUUCAAGGAAACUACCCCGCCUGGUUCUACAAUCAUACCUUCCACAAAGUGCAAAAGGGUCUGGGUUGCUGCAGUGAUUACAGUGUGUCGUUCCACUACAUGAGUCCGGCAGACAUGUACCUGAUGGACUAUCUGGUAUAUCACCUCCGCCCCUUCGGUCUCCAUCGUAUAGACAAGAAAACGAACUACUUUUUACCUGUGGGAAAAAAGUGAAUACCAUAUGGAGUGGUUUAGUAAUACAGAAACAAACAUACCAAUACAUAUAUGUAACUACUGCAUUUUUACAUGCUCUUAGUAAUGCUUAUUUCCCAUGGAAUGUGCUGUCAGUAUGCACGUUACUUGCCAUCAACAUCCCUGUUUCCUGUGACGUGCCACCAAUAUCCCUGUUUCCUGUGACGUGCCACCAAUAUCCCUGUUUGCUGUGACGUGCCAUCAAUAUCCCUGUUUCCUGUGACGUGCCACCAAUAUCCCUGUUUCCUGUGACGUGCCACCAAUAUCCCUGUUUCCUGUGACGUGCCACCAAUAUCCCUGUUUCCUGUGACGUGCCACCAAUAUCCCUGUUUCCUGUGACGUGCCACCAAUAUCCCUGUUUCCUGUGACGUGCCACCAAUAUCCCUGUUUCCUGUGACGUGCCACCAAUAUCCCUGUUUCCUGUGACGUGCCACCAAUAUCCCUGUUUCCUGUGACGUGCCACCAAUAUCCCUGUUUCCUGUGACGUGCCACCAAUAUCCCUGUUUCCUGUGACGUGCCACCAAUAUCCCUGUUUCCUGUGACGUGCCACCAAUAUCCCUGUUUCCUGUGACGUGCCACCAAUAUCCCUGUUUCCUGUGACGUGCCACCAAUAUCCCUGUUUCCUGUGACGUGCCACCAAUAUCCCUGUUUCCUGUGACGUGCCACCAAUAUCCCUGUUUCCUGUGACGUGCCACCAAUAUCCCUGUUUCCUGUGACGUGCCACCAAUAUCCCUGUUUCCUGUGACGUGCCAUCAAUAUCCCUGUUUCCUGUGACGUGCCAUCAAUAUCCCUGUUUCCUGUGACGUGCCAUUAAUGUUUUUCUGUGAUUUGCUACAUGCAUAAUACGGUAACAUGUGUCUAUAAGGAGUUUAACUGUCUCGUGCGGAGACGAAUACAGCCAGCAGAGUUAACAUGAGUCACUUCUCUGGCUCGCGAUACCAAAGGAACAAUUGGUCAACAUAACGUUUAGAAAAACGACACAGGAUUCGGUUACACAUCGAGUGAAGGAUUCGUCUCACAUAAAGUGCACAAUAUUUACAAUAGGUGUGUCAGUAUGUGAGACGAAUCCUUAAAGUAUUUCGAGAGUGACUACAAAAUAUGAUUUGUCCAGGAGUGUAAUUUUGUUGCAAUCUUCUAAAAAAAAAACACACUUGUUGAGCCAUGACUUCAUCAUAAAGCGAACCGACUGGCCAAAAACAUUUUCUGUUUUCUGCAAUUUGGUCGGAUGCGGUUCCACCAGAAAUUAGUCCCACACUUGAAUAUGACAUUUUGCGAUCGCCUUUUACCUGUCGUCAUCCGGCGGCGGUCCUCCAUCAUCAAUACGUAGGAAUUUACGUUUGUGACUUCUUCUCAAAACCUGCUGAAUCGAUAUCAGUAAAAUUUUGAAGGACGGUUUCAUAGUCUAAGACAAACAAAACAAAAAUAUUGAUCCCAUCGCUAGGGGCUUCAGGAGCCAAAGAGGAGUCAAAUUAGCUAAAGUUUCAACAAUCUUCUUUUUGUUCAAACCCACAUACCAGAAUCAAAUACAUGUACUCUUCUAAUUGUUAAUUUUAUUACCCCCGGGUCACCCAUCCUUCUCUCCAAGAGUGGGUAAAGUUCCUAUAGCUGUGGUAGGGAAACAACAGUUUUGAGUAGAGUUUUUGUUUUUAGUGCGAAAUCAUUCAAACUUGAUUCGAAUGAUUAUCAUGUGAAGGCAGUUUGAUGGUGUGAAAAUUCAUCUCGAAGACCCUGACACAUCGUUAGGGAUUGAGGCAGGGGGUCCAAAGGGUUGAGCUGGGCAAACAUCUUCAGUGUCAAAUACGAUAAAAUCCAAAAAAUUUCAUUGAUGGAAAGUUCCUUAGGUGCUUCAUCAAAAUCAUCAAUUGCAUUACCCCGGGGUCUCCUUUUUCCCUGGAGAGCGGUAAAUCUUAAUAUGGAAUUUACACGUUUCGGUGUAUUUUCAGCUGGAUAUAAUUCAAACUUGUUUUUGUCUGAAUCCACAGUUUAGAUGCCAUAUUUAGUUUAUUAAUGUACUGACCAACAAACAAGUUGUAUAUAACGACUUAGGUGACCUUGGGGCCUUUUGUUAUGCUGACUUUAAAACACGAUGUGUUUGCCGAACGUUUGCACGUGUUAUUAUAUAUAAUAUUUAAUCAUCAUUGCAUGUACGUUACAAAAUGUAUUGAUAAAUAUAAUGAAUUAUUGCCAUACCAUUAAUAGACAUAUGUUUUUACUUUUACUUCGCUUCAUUUACAUUUACAUAAUUUCGCUUCAAUUAGAGAGUAUUUGAUAACAGUAUACAUCGGACGCCAAUUUUAUUACUGUUCCGCCGAAAGUUAUAGAUCUUAAAUGGGACUCGUGUGUACUAGAGUUGUUAAUACAGGGACUCGUGUGUACUAGAGUUUAUACAGGGACUCCUGUGUACUAGAGUUUAUACAGGGACUCCUGUGUAAUAGAGUUUAUACAGGGACUCCUGGGUACUAGAGUAUAUACAGGGACUCCUGUGUACUAGAGUUUAUACAGGGACUCCUGUGUACUAGAGUAUAUACAGGGACUCCUGGGUACUAGAGUAUAUACAGGGACUCCUGGGUACUAGAGUAUAUACAGGGACUCCUGGGUACUAGAGUUUAUACAGGGACUCUUGUGUACUAGAGUUUAUACAGGGACUCCUGUGUACUAGAGUUUAUACAGGGCCUCCUGUGUAAUAGAGUCUAUACAGGGACUCCUGUUUAAUAGAGUUUAUACAGGCACUCCUGUGUACUAGAGUCUAUACAGGGACUCCUGUGUACUAGAGUUUAUACAGGGACUCUUGUGUACUAUAGAGUUUAUACAAGGACUCCUGUGUACUAUAGAGUUUAUACAGGGACUCCUGUGUACUAGAGUCUAUACAGGGGCUCCUGUGUAAUAGAGUUUAUACAGGGACUCCUGUGUACUAGAGUUUAUACAGGGACUCCUGUGUAAUAGAGUUUAUACAGGCACUCCUGUGUAAUAGAGUCUAUACAGGGACUCCUGUGUACUAGAGUUUAUACAGGGACUCUUGUGUACUAUAGAGUUUAUACAGGGACUCCUGUGUAAUUGAGUCUAUACAGGGACUCCUGUGUACUAGAGUUUAUACAGGGAUUCCUGUGUAAUAGAAUAUAUACAGGGACUCCUGUGUAAUAGAGUUUAUACAGGGACUCUUGUGUACUAUAGAGUUUAUACAGGGACUCCUGUGUACUAGAGUCUAUACAGGGACUCCUGUGUACUAGAGUUUAUACAGGGAUUCCUGUGUAAUAGAAUAUAUACAGGGACUCCUGUGUAAUAGAGUUUAUACAGGGACUCUUGUGUACUAUAGAGUUUAUACAGGGACUCCUGUGUACUAGAGUCUAUACAGGGACUCCUGUGUACUAGAGUUUAUACAGGGAUUCCUGUGUAAUAGAAUAUAUACAGGGACUCCUGUGUAAUAGAGUUUAUACAGGGACUCUUGUGUACUAUAGAGUUUAUACAGGGACUCCUGUGUACUAUAGAGUUUAUACAGGGACUCCUGUGUACUAGAGUUUAUACAGGGACUCCUGUGUACUAGAGUUCAGUUGAUACAUGGAAUCGCAUUUUUUUCCAUGUUUAAUGGAUUAGGGGAAAACGUUUAAGUUUGAAUAUGUAAAACGGUUAAUGUUGUAUUGAAUAUUUUUAAAUGUCUAAUGGUGUUAUGAAUGAAUUAUUAAUUUUAAUAUUUUUAUAGUUUCCUAAUUGUUGAGCUUAUAGCUGAUGGGAGUAUCUGUUCCUAACCAAUAUACAUGUAGUUAUCGGAAGUGUAUAGUGAUCGGUAUCCUCCUGUCCUAGUUUUCCCAAUAGGGCUAUACAUUGUAUCAUGAAGCUAUGUUGCGUUGCUAUUUACCAAAUUAUAAUAAAUGAUUAUCACAACUUA